AGUAUUUUAAACUGUGCAAGUGAGACUUCUGGUUCUCAGCUAGUUUUUGUUCCCUAUGCUUGUAGGAUGGCAAAGCAGAUGUGAAGUCCCUCAUGGCGAAGUUUAACACAGGGGCCAACCCGACAGAGGAGGUCUCGGUCAACAGACCCUUCAAAGUCACAGGGCAAAACUCACCAUCAGGAGUACAAGCCAAAAAGAACUUAUUCGACAACCAAGGAAAUGCCAGCCCUCCUACAGGACCUAGCAACGUCCAUAGGUUUGGGUCCCCAAAGCCACCUUUGGGAGUGAAACCUUCUUCUGAGGAAAAGCCUGACAAGGAACCCAAGCCCCCAUUUCUAAAGCCGACUGGAGUGGGCCAAAGAUUUGGAUCACCGGCAAACUCAGCCAGCAGAGACCCUGAGCUGAAAGCAGGAUUUCCGAAACCUGCAGGCCCCAAGCCCAUCAACCUUCCCAAAGAAGAUCCCAAACCUGUGUUUCCCUGGCCUCCUGGGAAUAAACCUUCGCUUCACAGUGUAAACCAAGACCAUGACUUAAAGCCACCAGGCCCGAAGCCCGGGUCUAAUCCUCCAGCCCAGGAAAAUGAACAGAGGCAAGUGUUCCCCAGGGUGGCUGGAGUCAAAGGCAAGUUUGUGUCAGCCUCACCGGAUCAUGACCCCAAGCUCCUCUUCCCCAAACCCAUCAUUGGCCAGAAGCCGUCUCUGAGUACCGAGGACUCCCAAGAAGACGAGAGCCCCACUAAGAAUGCAGCUCCACAGAAAGGACCCCCGGCCCCACUAGGAGCCAAGUCCAAAACCGGCCCUUUAAAACCAGCAAGGGAAGACCCAGAAAAUAAAGACCACGGAGGUGAGACAUCAAGCUCGCCUUUUCCUGGAGUGGUUCUGAAAUCUGCUGCAAGCAGAGGAGGCCCAGGCCUCUCCAAAAAUGCUGAAGAAAGAAAAGAAGAGAGGAAGAUAGAUGCUGCUAAGAACAUCUUCUUAAGCAAAAUUAAUCAGGAAGAGUCGACCUCUGGGGCCCCUCCUGCCAAGUUCCCUAAGACACCUUCUAAGCUGACCGUGGGAGGACCAUGGGGCCAAAGUCAAGAAAAGGAAAAGGGAGAGAAGAAUUCAGCCACCCCUAAGCAGAAGCCAUUGCCUCCCUUGUUUACCUUGGGCCCACCUCCCCCAAAACCCAACAGACCACCAAAUGUUGACCUGACGAAAUUCCGAAAAGCCGCAACUGGAAACAGUACCAGCAAAAGCCAAACGUCUUACUCAACAACUUCCCUACCACCGCCUCCACCACCCCAUCCAGCCAGCCAACCACCACUGCCAGCAUCUCACCCAUCACAACCACCAGUCCCAAGUCUACCUCCCAGAAACAUUAAACCUCCCUUAGAUCUAAAAAGCUCUGUAAAUGAAGAAAAUCAAGAUGGCAUCAUGCACUCUGAUGGUACUGGAAAUCUAGAUGAGGAAGAAGACAGUGAAGGAGAAACAUAUGAAGACAUAGAAGCAUCCAAAGAAAGAGAGAAGAGAAGGGAAAAGGAGGAAAAGAAGAGAUUAGAGCUGGAGAAAAAGGAACAGAAAGAGAGAGAAAAGAAAGAACAAGAAAUAAAGAAGAAAUUUAAACUAACAGGCCCUAUUCAAGUCAUCCACCAAGCAAAAGCUUGCUGUGAUGUCAAAGGAGGAAAGAACGAGCUGAGCUUCAAGCAAGGAGAGCAAAUUGAAAUAAUCCGCAUCACAGACAACCCUGAAGGAAAAUGGCUGGGCAGGACAGCAAGGGGGUCAUACGGCUAUAUUAAGACAACUGCUGUAGAGAUUGACUAUGAUUCCUUGAAACGGAAAAAGAACUCUCUGGGUGCUCUUUCAAGACCCAUGGAAGAUGACCAAGAAGUAUACGAUGAUGUUGCAGAGCAGGAUAAUGUUAGCAGCCACAGUCACAGUGGAAGUGGAGGAAUGUUCCCACCACCCCCAGAUGAUGAUAUUUAUGAUGGGAUCGAAGAGGAAGACGCCGAUGAUGGCUCCACGCUACAGGUUGAAGAGAAGAGUAACUCGUGGUCCUGGGGGAUUUUGAAGAUGUUAAAGGGAAAAGAUGACAAAAAGAAAAGUAUACGAGAAAAACCUCAAGUCUCUGAGUCAGACAAUAAUGAAGGUUCAUCUUUCCCUUCUCCUCCUAAACAGUUGGACAUGGGAGAUGAAGUCUAUGAUGAUGUGGAUGCCUCUGAUUUCCCUGCUCCACCACCAGAGAUAAGUCAAGGAGUCAAAGCCAAGACAGAAGAGAAAGACCCUAAGAAGCUAAAAAAGCAGGAAAAAGAAGAAAAAGACUUCAGGAAAAAAUUUAAAUAUGAUGGUGAAAUUAGAGUCCUAUAUGCAACCAAAGUUGCAGCCUCCUUAGCUUCUAAGAAGUGGGGGACCAGAGAUCUACAGGUCAAGCCUGGUGAAUCUCUUGAAGUUAUACAAAACACAGACAAUACAAAAGUUCUCUGCAGGAAUGAAGAAGGAAAAUAUGGUUAUGUCCUUCGGAGUUGCUUGGUGGAUAAUGAUGGAGAGAUCUAUGAUGAUAUUGCUGAUGGUUGCAUCUAUGACAAUGACUAACUCUCAGCUUUGGUCACUCUGCUAUGUCCAUUUGAUGUCAGUAUGAAGUCUGGGUUUUGAUUGGCGAAUGUUAUUGUGUUCAUAGAAAAAUGAAUGCACAAAACUACUUAUUACCAUUUGUUAUAAACUUCUGAUUAUCUUUAAAAGUUUUGAAAUUUUGGACUUAGAAAGUGAUCUCUCUGCUUAAGCAACAUCUUGAAAGACUGCAUCAAUGAGAUGUAAGAAUUGUUAAAAAUCCCAUUUCUGCCUCAGCUACAAUUAUGAAGAUGCUUCUUUUACCCCAUCAGUUGACAACCUCCCUUCCUAGAAAAAAAUCAUUUGAGAAGAAAUGACUGUGUUGUCUAAAGAACUAUAAGGAAGAAACAUAAAGAAAUACAAGAAAGAAAAUUUUAAAGCAUUUCACAAGAAGGAAAACUUCGUUUGCCCUUCUAAUUAUGAUCGUUAUCUUAUAUUUUCUAUUCAAAUUAUCUGUCUUUAAAAAGGCAGAGCUGUCUCCUCUCUUGCUAGUGAGUUAAAUGUUUUCAAAAAUUAUAGAAGUAUCAGAAAUUGUAUAUAAAGUUUGUCCCUAUUUGUUAAUUGUGAAUAUGUGGUAAUUACCUAAGAUUAAAACUAUAGAAGAGUCUAAAAUAAGUUUUCUGUUUGCAGCAUCACAUGCUAACAGUAUAAUUCUGUAUUCUGUUUAAAUUUCUGUUGUAACUAGAGUAGAUAUGAAUGAGGACUACCCUAAAAUGAUGAAGACUGGAAGAACGGACUUUGAAAUUAACUAGCCUUCUAUUGCACCUCUUUACUUUGAAGACUAUCUUAAAGGUUUUUGGUUUUGUUUUUCAAAUACCUCUAUGAAACUUUUUCUUUAAAACCACUUUACUGGAAAGUUGGCCAGUAGAGGGAGUACAAAUUAAUAACCCCUGGUGUUUGGACUAGAAUGUUCCCUAUUGACACAUACUCAUUCCCAAAGAAACCCAAAAACGGAAGGUGAAGCAUUUGGGUUCCAAAUGCUAAGAACACUAAACACUAUGACACAAAAUGUAAAACCCUAACACCCAAGAAAAUAGCAUAUUAGGUAAUUUUUUCACAACUUCCAAAACACGAAAUGAGCAAAUCUUAAUGCUGGCUCUGCUACGAAUGAACCAUGAUGUGAUAUUGGGUAAAUUAUUUAUCCUUCCAGUUUCCUCGUCUGCAAAUUACAGGAUUAGGCUAAGUCAGUUUUUCCCAACUUUUUUACUAUCAGUUACCUCAAACUUUUAUAAUUCUCCCCCUACCCCAGCCCUGUGUUUCAGAAAUUUCUGUUUAUUUUUAAAACUCAUUGAUUAAAUAGUGAUUAAUGCAUUAUCCAUGUUUUCAUAUUGUAAAGGCCCUUUGGAGCGUCUGAAGAGUGGCUCCAUUGAACUGAAAUAACUUCAGAUAAUUGUAAAAGAACUCCAAGCCUUCGUAUGGGUAAAGUGGAAAUUCCACUAGAUGCAUUGAAAUUUGAAAAUAGAUCAUCAACUUCUAUUGCUCAAUUUAUAGUUUCUGGGAGUCUGAGGCCCCCAAAUCGGAGGAAUUUAGACCUCCUCCAAUUAUGAAAUACUUGGAUGUCUACUUUUUGAUAGGGGAAGCCAGUAUAUGCUCACGUGAUGAAUUUAAUACUAAAUAAAAUUACAUGAUCCAAAAGU